AAGACAUAGGACAUACACCCACAGCAGGUUUACAAUGCUUCAUCAAGUGCUGCUGCUUGCUGGCCUGCUGCUCUGCCAGGGUCUGGAAUCCAUUCGGCCUCCUGUCGGGCACAAAUAUGAAGUGGUCAUUCCACAGAAACUUCAUACGCAACACAAGAGAGACACACAGAGCAAGUAUCCAGACGUGGUACACUAUGGUCUGGAACUGGAGAGAAAGCCAUUGGUAUUGCAUCUUCAAAAGACUGAAGAUUUGAUAUCUGAGAAUUAUACAGAGACUCAAUACUCACCAGACGGCACCCCAAUAACCAGCAGUCCUAAUGUUCAGAACCACUGCUAUUACCAGGGAUAUGUGAAGAAUGACAGUGAUUCCUGGGCCAGCAUAAGCACUUGCAAUGGGAUUAGUGGUAUUAUCCGGACUCGAGGCCGUAGGUUCUUGAUUGCGCCUCUAAAGCAGUCAGACACUGAGGAGCAUGCUGUUUACCCAUAUGAAGCCCUGGAGGAGACACCUCGAACCUGUGGAGUGACCAAUGAAACCUACUCUGAGGACAAGUUUAGUAUGGUAGCUCGGUCCAGCAGUGACACAGAGAAAAACCAAUUACUGAAAUCAAAAAAAUAUAUCGAGCUGUACAUAGUGGCUGAUAACUCCAUGUUCGUAAAAUACAACCGCAAUUCUGACACCCUCAAACAGAGAAUAUUUGAGGUUAUCAAUUUUGUCAAUGUGGUCUAUAAAUCCAUAAACACAUUUGUGGCACUGACAGGGAUUGAAAUAUGGGACAGAAGAGAUGAGUUUACUGUAACCACCGAUCCUUCAUAUGAUCUGAAUCAAUUUUCAAAAUGGAGAGAAGAAACUCUCCUACCAAGGAAGUCACAUGACAAUGCCCAGCUGUUGACGAACAUAAACUUUGAUGGAUCUACAGUAGGACUAGCUUUUGUCUCAACCAUGUGCUCUAAUUCCCAUUCUACUGGAGUUAUCCAGGAUCACACUCCAGAACCUAUUGCUAUCGGUGCAACACUUGCCCAUGAAAUGGGUCAUAAUCUGGGGAUGAACCAUGAUGAUAGAUUCUGUCCCUGCACCAGCGAAUCCUGUAUUAUGGCACCUUCACUCAGUUACAACACUCCACGUCAGUUUAGCACCUGCAGUCACCAACAUUACCAAACCUUUAUUUUGAAUCAAAUGCCACUCUGUUUGAAGAACAUGCCGCAGAGAGAGGACACGAAGGCCCCCCCUGUCUGUGGGAAUACAUUCACUGAGCCAGGGGAAGACUGUGACUGUGGUACUGUGCAGGAAUGUAACAAUCCGUGCUGUGAAGCUUCCACCUGCAAAUUCAAGACGGAAGCUCAGUGUUCAGAGGGGGAAUGUUGCGCCAAUUGUCAGAUUAAGAAAGCGGGAAUUGUAUGUCGACCUGCCAAGGAUAACUGUGACCUGGCCGAUAUGUGCGAUGGGGUUACAGCUACUUGUCCCUCUGACCGCUUCCGAGUCAAUGGCAUCUCCUGCAUGAAUGGCCAGGGGUACUGCUUCAAUGGAAAGUGUCCAACCCUACAGAGCCAAUGCUCUGCUCUUUGGGGACCAGGUGCUCGGGUUGAUAGUUCAUGUUUCAGACAUAACAGGCGUGGAAACAACUAUGGACACUGUCAAGUGUCUAUGGGUAAUUACCAGAGCUGUGCCCCUGAGGAUGUAAAAUGCGGAGUCCUUUACUGCUCUGGUGGUGACAGUAAUCCCACAAUUAAUGGCUACACUUUUUCAAUUGGAAACUGCAAAGCUGUCGCAAAUCCUGUAAUUAUGGUGCAAAAUGGAACAUACUGUGAGGAAGGCAAGGUCUGCUACCAAGGGAAAUGUAUCAGCACUGAAUCUGCUUACAGUACUGCCCAAUGCAAAGCUAAGUGCCCAGAAAAUGCGGUUUGUGACAGUGAACUGCAGUGUCAGUGUAAGGAAGGCUACGCACCCCCCAACUGUACAGCCACUCGUACAAAUAACUAUUUGGUCAUCAUCAUCGUGUUGAUUAUUAUAUGCUUUAUCAUCUUUUGUAUGGUUCUGGUGGCAUACAAGAAGUCACAACGCAGGAAAGAAAGGCAUACGCAAGCCCCUGUAUCGGGUGUGGCAAAUCCAACAUUUAAUAUCCAAGAAAGAGGGUACGGACAACCUGGAUCACAGGCACCUAUACCCCAGGGGUACCAAAAGCCUGCCAAUAAUCCCCCAUACCCACCAGCUAACAAGCCAGUGUUUCCUACUCCUCCACCACAGGGGUACCAAAGGCCUGCCAAUAAUCCGCCAUACCCACCAGCUAACAAGCCAGUGUUUCCUACUCCUCCACCACAGGGUUUGAAGCCCCAAAUGAGAAAUUAAAGGAAGCAAGUAACGAUAAAGAGAGACUUCAACACGCUACUAGAAUGCUGUUUUUUUAACCUAGAUAUUGUGUGCGUUUGUGUAUGAGUAUGUAUGCAGGUAUAUCUGUAUAUAAUUAUAUGUUGAUAGGAUAUGUAUGCAGGUAUAUCUGUAUGUAAUUAUAUGUAUGAUAUUAUUUUCAAUAAAAAAGUAAAACAC